AACAUCCGUAGCCUCUUGAUCCCCAACCAUCUGACUGCCUCUGAACUAAUCUGUUGGGAUGAUGCGAUGACACAAUGUUCAGUUUUUAAUCCACACUUACAUUGCUCACUGCAACUGUGAUUGCUGUGGCCACGCCUAAUACUGUCAAUAUGCUUUGAAGAUCAUUUCUCCAACUGCCACCGUUCCUGUUUUAUUGUUUGUUUGUUUUUCCAAACCUGCCUUCUUAUUUAGGUGGAUUUAUAUUUAAACAGUGGAAGAAAAGGUUUCUAAGUCUGACGGCUGAAGGAAGCCUCCUUGUGUGCCAUGAUGCAUUAUCACCCCCUGACCAGAUGGUACAGUUGCAAAGCAGUUGUGAAGCAAUUGUGGAAGGCAAAGAGAUCCUGGAUCUGCCCAAAUUACCGUCCGGUGCAUGCAAGAAUUGCUGCUUUGCUCUGAUCCUACACCAGAAUAAAUACCUGUUGUUGCUGGCUGAAACCCCUGCAGACUGCAGUCAAUGGCUGAAUAUGCUGAAGAAAGUGAAACAGAGUCUUUCAUCACCCCUCACCCUGUGUAAGCGGCAUCAUGUGCCACCAUCACACAUUAUACUCCGAGAUCUGGUGCCUGAGCAAAUUCUGGAAAAAGAUCCACCAACUCCACCUGUCAGUGACACAGAGUCAUCCUCCCCGGGGCCUACAGCCCGUGCUUCCCCAAGGGAGAAAUGCAGGAACUCUCCCCGAACAAAGAAUUACAGAGGAGGUGCACAGUCAGUGGGAUGCCUGCGUCAUGGUACUAUCAAUAAUGCCCAAGCGAUGAGGGCGGUUUAUCUGCUGAUGGGUGGGGCUGCUGCUUCCUCUGCCAUGGGUUACCUGGGAGCAUGCUCAUCCUCUAAUCUGGAAGUCAAAGCUGACCUGCCACUCAAACUGGAUUUUUCUGGCACAGGGCAGUCAGAAGCAUACCAUCUUGGAAGCGCUGCACUCGACACUCCUCAUUUUAACAGCUUUGACUUUGAAGUGUCUGACUCUGAUUUUGAUGCUUUUGAUUGCGGUGGAUUUACUUUCUAAUGAUGUUCUGCCUGGAGGGUUUCAGUGCAGGCAGCAUGUUUCCACAUGAUUUUUCAAACCGACAGAACAAAGACAAGCUUUUCAUUUGAACUGUUUGUUGUUCAUGAAAAGGUUGCUAGCCCACAAAAGCAGAUAUGAUGGGAUUGAAGGGAACAACUGUGAAAGCAAGAAUCGAAUUUGAGGAUCUCUGCAGAUUUAAAUGACUAUUCUGGUGUAUCACAGCUAGAAAGCUUUUUCAUCAUCAGUUUGCUUUUGUGUUAUUGUAUAUCAUUAUAUUGUAAAAAUGCUCAUUGCAGCAGCUUUUAAAAGACAAGUGAUACCUAUUCUAUCACUGCAUUACUGUUUAUUUUUAUUCAUCAUUUAAACUGAGGUUUUCUCUAUGGUGAGAUUAAAGUUAUUGCAAUUCUAUGUUGUCUAUUUUAUUAGUAACAACAUUCUUAGCUUGAUAACAGCUUCCAUUUUUAUCAAAAUAUGUAAGGUCACACCUUCAAUCCUACUUGAAAAAAAUGGCAAUGUGUUGCACACACACAGGCAAUACAUAAUGCAUGAUAGUAUAGUAUAUGUUAUGGCAAAUUGCAUAAUGACCGGACUCUGACUGGAGACCAACAAACCACUGGGCUCCUUUAAAGUUAUCUUUUCUGUGCAUGUGACUGCGACCCUUCCAGACAUGUUACUUAAGAAACAAAUGAACGUCUU